UGCGUGCGGGGAUGCAGCCUUGUAUUUUGUCACCCAUCGCUGAGAUCAGGGACCCCAAGCUCUUCCAGUUCAGUUGACCCCGCGCCCCACUGCGCGCUGCUGGCUGUGAUGCAGAGGGUGAGGGGCACGAAAAAUCACCGCUCGUCUCGCCCGUGCGCCAAACACGCCCCAGGAGGAGGGGGCGUUAGGUCGGCGCUGCCAGGGCCUAAAAAGAAGGCAACCGGGCGCGGGUGCCGCGGGUGCCGCGGGAGCCGGGGACCGGGCUCCGCGGAUCUUCCCAGCGCUCGCCCUCUGCGAUCUGCGUCCUGCAGAGGGCCGGGCCCGCCCCCCUGUGCGCGCAGGCGCGCCUCGCCCGGCUCGGACCGCAGCUCUGCGCCGGGAGGCCACCGGCUGGCCUGGCAGGCCUACCAGAAUGGAAGGUCAUGCUGAAAUGGAGAUGCUGCGGACACUGACAGGCCCCUCCACAGGAGAGGUCAGCGUGCGCCUGCUGGCUAGAGAGAGCCCAGGUUCCCCUCCUCAUCUGCCCACACCUGCCUUCAUCAUUCCAGCCAACUCAGCUACCCUGGGGCUGCCUACUAGUACCCUGGAUGUGUCUUGCUUUCCCCGGGAACCAAUCCAUGUGGGCGCCCCAGAGCAGGUGGCCAGCAACGAACCAGUUACCGCUACGGUCCUGCCACAGCUUAAUGCUGCGCCAGUCUCCAGCUCCAGCGCCAGCACAGUACCGCUUCUGGAGUGGACAGAGGCUGCAGCCCCGCCCCCUGUGAGCGGCUUGCGGUUCCGGAUAAGCGAGUACACGCAGCUGAACAUGCUGGGAGUGGAGCAGCCCCCGGGUACAGAGCUGAGGCGAGGAGACAUGACCGAAUAUGAAGAUGGCGGGUCCCCGGUUGGGAAUGGCGAUGUGGGCAUCCAACAACCCGAGGACCUCCCUCAGAAUUCUUCAGAAGAUACCCCUCAGGACCCCCGCGAGGAUGGUAGCACCUGUCAGUGCCAGGCCUGUGGGCCUCAGCAAGGUGCUGGUCCAGAUCUUGGUUCCUCCAAUGAUGGCCCUCAGCUGUUCCAAGAGCGAUCAGUCAUUGUGGAGAAUUCCUCAGGCCGUGGCAAUGCUUCUGAGCUUCUCAAACCCAUGAAGAAAAGGAAACACAGAGAAUACCAGAGCCCAUCAGAGGAAGAGUCUGAGACAGAAGCCAUGGAGAAGCAAGAAGGAAGAAAGGAUCCAGAGGGACAACCUACUGAUAGAACCCCAGAGAGGGAAGAGUGGAGCAGCAGCCAGCCUGGUGAGAAGAAGGAAGGCUGGUCGUGGGAGUCCUACUUAGAGGAGCAGAAGGCCAUCACUGCCCCAGUCAGCCUCUUCCAGGACUCCCAGGCAGUCACCCAUAACAAGAAUGGCUUCAAACUGGGCAUGAAGUUGGAAGGCAUUGACCCUCAGCACCCAUCCAUGUACUUCAUCCUCACUGUGGCCGAGGUCUGUGGCUACCGUCUACGUCUGCACUUUGAUGGGUAUUCCGAGUGCCACGACUUCUGGGUCAAUGCCAACUCCCCUGACAUUCAUCCUGCUGGCUGGUUCGAGAAGACUGGGCACAAGCUACAGCCUCCCAAAGGUUACAAGGAGGAGGAGUUCAGCUGGAGCCAGUACCUGCGCAGCACGAGAGCUCAGGCUGCCCCCAAGCACCUGUUUGUGAGCCAGAGCCACAGCCUGCCACCCCUGGGCUUCCAGGUGGGCAUGAAGCUGGAGGCCGUCGACCGCAUGAACCCAUCGCUCGUCUGUGUGGCCAGUGUGACUGAUGUGGUAGACGGCCGCUUCCUGGUGCACUUUGACAACUGGGAUGAUACUUACGACUACUGGUGUGAUCCCAGCAGCCCCUACAUCCACCCGGUGGGCUGGUGCCAGAAGCAUGGAAAACCCCUCACCCCUCCACAAGACUACCCAGACCCUGAUAACUUCUGCUGGGAGAAAUAUCUAGAAGAAACUGGGGCCUCUGCUGUGCCCACCUGGGCCUUCAAGGUGCGACCCCCUCACAAUUUCCUGGUCAACAUGAAACUGGAGGCUGUGGACCGGAGGAACCCAGCCCUGAUUCGUGUGGCCAGCGUGGAAGAUGUGGAGGACCAUAGGAUAAAGCUUCACUUUGACGGCUGGAGUCAUGGCUAUGAUUUCUGGAUCGAUGCUGACCACCCAGACAUCCACCCUGCGGGCUGGUGCUCCAAGACAGGACAUCCCCUGCAGCCUCCUCUCCGUCCCAGAGAGCCCAGCUCUGCCUCCCCUGGUAGCUGUCCCCCUCUCAGCUAUAGGAGCCUGCCCCACACUAAGACCUCCAAAUACAGCUUUCACCACCGGAAGUGUCCCACUCCUGGUUGUGAUGGCUCUGGCCAUGUCACAGGCAAGUUUACAGCUCACCACUGCCUCUCAGGCUGCCCACUGGCCGAGAGGAACCAGAGCCGGCUGAAAGCAGAGCUGUCCGACACAGAGACCUCAGCCCGUAAGAGGAACCUCUCAGGCCUGUCCCCAAGGAAGAAACCUCGCCAUCACGGCCGAAUUGGACGCCCUCCGAAGUAUCGGAAGAUUCCACAGGAAGAUUUCCAGACACUCACCCCCGACGCCGUGCACCAGUCCCUCUUCAUGUCAGCCUUGUCGGCCCACCCUGACCGCUCACUCUCGGUGUGCUGGGAGCAGCACUGCAAGCUCCUGCCAGGAGUGGCAGGUAUCUCGGCCUCAACAGUCACCAAGUGGACCAUUGAUGAGGUCUUCGGCUUUGUUCAGACUCUGACCGGUUGUGAGGACCAAGCACGCGUCUUCAAAGAUGAGAUGAUUGACGGCGAGGCCUUCCUUUUGCUGACACAGGCGGACAUCGUGAAGAUCAUGAGCGUCAAGCUGGGCCCAGCCUUGAAGAUCUAUAACGCCAUUCUCAUGUUCAAAAAUGCUGACGACACCUUAAAGUGACUGGCCCAGGGGUGGGCCCUCCUCCUUGCUGGGCCUCCCUCUGCAGCUGAUGAUUCCUUCCUAACUUGAGUUCCUCAUAUCCCCACCAGGCCCCCACCCUCUGUAUCUGACCAGGGUUGGUCCUUCCUAGAAGGUGCAUGGGAGCAGAGGAGCCCAGGGAAGGUGGAAUCCCAGCCCCAGUCCUGGGGCUCAUGUGCUGUCAGGUGCACCAGUGAGGUGUGACUGGGCCGAUGGAGUAGGUUGGAGGUGCCCUCCCUUUGGUCGCCCCACAUCCCCAGCUGACUUGUUUUUAUCACCAAAGGGUCUUUUUCUUAAUGGUUAAGAAGAAACUACUCUGGGACAACAGGAGUUAUCUGAUCUGAGGCCCUUUCCCCUUUUUGGCAUCUCUACAUCUUUUCUCUCCUUGGUUCCUCCCCUGCCAAGAGGUGAGCCUGCCAUGAACAUAUUAACUCCUGAAGGCCCCUCCUCCCUUUCUGUCAGCUUGUUCUGCUGCCCUCGUUCCUAAUGCCACAGCCCCCACGAGUUCCUGCCCCUUAGCUGUAGGGGCCUCAGAAACAUGUUUUCAUAUGAUCCGCCUAUCUCCUUUUUUCCAAAAAGUGGGGGAUUCUGAGCCAAGCUGCCUUCUUAAGCCCCAUUCUGGACUGGUUUUGGCAUUUGUGUCCCAUGCCAAGUCCUAGGUCCAGCAGGGUGAGCAGGCAGAGCCUGUUUGCAACUGGCUGAAGUUGAGGCUCCACUGAUGUUCCCCAUACACCCUUCCUGAGUUGGGUCUGGGGAGGAGGAAGCCCAGCUGGGAGACCAGCCCAAGGGUAUGUCAGACAAUCUCCGGUCUUUGGCGAGAAGGGCAGCUCCAGCAGGCAGGGUGGCACCCCAAGCUGGGCAUAGCAUCCUUUCUGCAGCCAUAGACCUCUACAAAGUAUUGCCCAUGGGUGAAGUCCCCAGGCCUCCUCCUCCUGCCAUGAGCAUGUGGCACUCUGUCCAGUACCCCCAUGACAUCACAUUCAAUCUGGCUGGUAAAUGUUUGCCUCUACUCUUUUUUUUUUUUUUUUUAAGAUAGAGUCUUACUGUGUCACCCUCAGUAGAGUUCUGUGGCGUCACAGCUCACAGCAACCUCAAACCCUUGAGCUUAAGCGAUUCUCUUGCCUCAACCUCCCAAGUAGCUGGAACUACAGGUGCCCGCCAGGACACCCAGCUAUUUUUUUUUUUUUUUUUUUGGUCAUUGUUGUUUAAAAGGCCUGGGCUGGGUUCAAACCCACCAGCCCCAGUGUAUGUGGCUGGCAACCUAACCACUGGUCUAUGAGUGCCGAGCCAGUUUGCCUCUACUCUUGAGGAGUUAUACGAAGACCCCUGAAAGUCGGCAGUUAGGAAGGUGAACUCUUUCUUUGACUUCUCUAGCUCCCUUAAGCCCUCCUUGCCACUCUCCAUCCGUCUUACACUGCCAGCUGGCUCCCGACUUGGGCUCUGGGACUUUGAUUCUCUGUGUGAGUGGGGGCCCAGCCUCCACUGAGCCACUGCCAAACCUGCCUCCCAGCCUGGGGGGAAGGGCCAGAGCCCCUGGCAGGAACCAGCCCCACAGGGAGGUGAGGAGCCACUGCCAAGCUCCUGUGCCCCCAGGUGCUGACAUGACUGCAGACUGUGGGGCCAGGGGGUCCUUUCCCAGACCCCUUUUCUCAAUCAUGUGAGAUUUGUCUGUGUGUGUGUGCGUGUGCGUGUGUGUGUGUGCGCACACUUGUCACUCUCAGAAGUGUUUGACGGUGUAGAUGUGAAGUUCAGUGCUGGGAAAAUGUCAAGGGCUAUUAUUUAAAAAUGAAGAUUUACUUUUUCCUUACAAAUGGGAAAACCAAAGCUCUCUUGAUUUCCUACCGCAUCCUAGUAGGGACCUCUCUCUCUCUUGCGGCCCAGACAGCUUUCCGAAGACAGUCACUCAUCCCCCAGCUGAGCUCCCUCGGGGCUUCAGAUGUUCUUUCCCUUUCAGCCCUUAGAGGUUCAGCCUUUGUGCACAGCCUUCCUGGGAGCUGCUCGGGGUGAACACUGGGUGCACAGAGGUGGCAUUGGUGCCCCCUUGGCUGAGAGUACAGAGGAGGAAGUCUUAAGCCUUUCAUCUUGGUUGCCUGGGUGGUGGCAAAACUCACCAGCAACUUGUCUUCAGGCUACCCCGCUACAAAAUGAGAGAGGCACACUGCCUGUGGUGUGAGAAGACAACAGGUAUUUAUGGCUGUGGCUGUGGGACCGCACAGCUUCUAAGGAAGGUCUGGGACAGACUUUGUUUGCAGAUCUGCCAACCACCUGAUGCUUGCCUAUGGAGAGGCAGGAUGGACUGAGGGCCUUGGAGAAAAGGAACCCAGGAACGGCCCUCCAAGUCUGGAGGCCUCAGCACUUUCUGCACUAAUGUUAAACUCUUUGUCAAGAAACCAAAUCAUUAAAAAGUGGGAAGAAAUCUGCCUUUUGUCCACCCCACUGCUCCUUCACCCUGACUCUGUCCCUGGAUGAGAUCACUGCACCUUGACCUGGGAGCACAGAGAGGGCGGGGUUGGCAGCAUUUCUUGCUGCCCUCUGCCCUCUGCCCUCUGCCCUGCUCUCUAGCAGUGGGUGCCACUUACAUUUUGGCGCCUGGCAGCCUCGCCCAGCCCCUGCUCAGCCAUGGCUUAGAGCAAGGAGGACCUUUCUGUGUAAUUUCUGAAGCAGAGAGAAUAAUCUCAGAGUUUGAAAUUGAAGCCUUUUUGCACUUUUCUUCGAAUGCACUUUGCAGGGGUUAUGUUUUUGUACUUGCCUCUUGUGUGCACACGUGUGUGUCUGUGUAUGUAUGUGUUCUUUAAGAGGAUCUUCUGGCUUAAGCUGACUCUUGAGGGAGAAAGUAUUACAAACAAAAUGUUAUGUAAUUUGUCAGUGUAUCAAAACAGCAUAAAUAAACUUGAACAACUGAUGACAUAAA